AUGGCUGAAGGCUCAGGAAUUGAUCGCAAGGCCGAUGAGAGGAUGGAGUUUUCCACCUCUAAGGAGGUUACAGUCCAUCCUACUUUCGAGUCUAUGUCACUGAAGGAGAACCUCCUUCGCGGUAUCUACGCUUACGGAUACGAGUCACCUUCCGCUGUUCAAUCUCGAGCCAUUGUCCAGGUCUGCAAGGGUCGUGACACCAUCGCCCAGGCUCAGUCCGGUACUGGAAAGACUGCUACCUUUUCCAUCAGUAUGCUGCAAGUCAUCGACACCGCGGUUCGCGAGACACAGGCCCUUGUUCUGUCACCGACACGAGAAUUGGCAACUCAGAUCCAGUCCGUCGUCAUGGCUCUUGGUGACUACAUGAACGUCCAAUGCCACGCUUGUAUCGGAGGAACAAACGUUGGUGAAGAUAUCCGCAAGCUUGACUACGGCCAGCACAUUGUCUCUGGCACCCCAGGCCGUGUGGCAGACAUGAUUCGACGACGACACUUGCGCACCAGACAUAUCAAGAUGUUGGUCCUCGAUGAAGCUGACGAGCUCCUCAACAAGGGUUUCCGAGAGCAGAUCUACGAUGUUUACCGAUAUCUCCCCCCUGCCACUCAAGUCGUGGUCGUCAGUGCCACCCUGCCUUACGAUGUUCUCGACAUGACUACCAAGUUCAUGACCGAUCCCGUUCGCAUUCUUGUCAAACGUGACGAAUUGACCCUCGAAGGUCUCAAGCAGUACUUCAUCGCCGUCGAGAAAGAGGACUGGAAGUUUGAUACUCUAUGCGAUCUCUACGACACCCUCACUAUCACACAAGCUGUCAUUUUCUGCAACACGCGCCGCAAGGUUGACUGGCUCACCGACAAGAUGCGCGAGGCCAACUUUACCGUCAGCAGCAUGCACGGCGAUAUGCCCCAGAAGGAGCGAGACAGUAUUAUGCAGGACUUCCGUCAGGGCAACAGCCGAGUGCUCAUCUCGACUGACGUGUGGGCCCGUGGUAUCGAUGUCCAGCAGGUCAGUCUGGUUAUCAACUACGACCUGCCUAGUAACCGUGAGAACUACAUCCACCGUAUUGGUCGUAGUGGACGAUUCGGUCGCAAGGGUGUUGCUAUUAACUUCGUUACCACCGAAGACGUGCGCAUUUUGAGAGACAUUGAAUUGUACUACUCUACCCAGAUCGAUGAGAUGCCCAUGAACGUUGCCGAUCUCAUUGCUUAA